AUGAAAAAUAUUGAUAGUGAUUGUAUGGUAUUUGUUUUGGAAUUUAUGAGUGUGGCGGAUCAUGUUUAUCAAUUAUCGAGGGUGUGUUCCGAUUGGAGAAUAAAUUCAAUCAAGUUUAUUGUGAGGUAUUUGGACAAGAGGUAUGCAAUGUUGGGAGAUUUAGUGAAACAAUUCGAAACUUGUUUUGGGUGUUCAGUAUCGGGAAGGAAAAUGAGAAAGUUUCUGAUGAGAUGCCAUGUCAGAGACUUGGCAGAAUAUUUACUUGAUUCAUAUGAAGGAGUCCACGAAAAUCAACAGUUCACCAUUCUUUGGGUUAAGAGUGAAAUGGAAAUUCUGUGUAAUUACUUGAAAAUUUCUAAUAGGAUGAAAUCAGAUGGCAACCAAACUAAAUCUACUGGGUUUUUCACAAAGAUUGGAAAAUUAUUCUCUAAAAAAACACAUGACAAGGCAUCUAUUCAAUCACCCAACAAAGAGGUAGAAUCUAAUAUGAAACAAUUUGAUUAUAUCAAUGUGGAGUCUUCUAUUCAGGGAAAUUUGAAUGAUUUAGAACGAUACUAUCUUGUCAAUGCUAUUAUGGGAAUUGAGUUUAUACCAGAGUAUGAUGAGGAGGGAAACUUGGAUGAGAGUGUAUUUUCGAGAGCGUGUCUUUAUGGAAGCACUGAUAUUGUGUUGGAAUUGAAAGAUUGGUUCAAGAUUCAUUUGAAUAUUAGAUAUCCUAAACUCACAAGUGACAAUUUGGAACCUAAAAGUUUGCUAUCUCACUCACACCUUCUAAUGAUAUCAGGAAUAUCAAUGCAGACAAACAGAAAUAACUUGGAAUUAAUUAAGGAGCUCGACUUGAAUAAGAAACUAUUUAAAGAUGAUUCAUGUAAGGUUUCCAAUUACGAGCAAGUGGUUGUUGGUGUCAAGGUUAGUGAUCCUCUCUUAAACUCACAACAAAUGAUUCAAACAGCAUUUAGUUUUGAUGGAUUGCAAUAUUUCGAGUUUAACGUCAGCAAUCCACAUCAAAUGAGAGUAUUAUAUUGGUAUUCAAUAUUAAUGUCAUUCAUUCUAAGUUUUUUAAAUAGUUAA